AUGCACAUUCUCAACGCCCAAGUCGCGAUCCGGUCGCCUUGCUGCAAGAAAUGGUUCGACUGCGCCGAUUGCCACCACGAGCAGGAGAAGCACCCCCUGAUGCAGAGUCUCGAGAUGGUGUUUGCCUGCAAGAAGUGCAAGAAGUGCUUCCGCAAAGACGCCACUGAGUUCGAGGAGUCCGACGAGUACUGUCCGCACUGCGAUAACCACUUCGUUAUCGAAGCAAAGACGCCCAAGGCUGCCAUCUCCGUCGAGGGCGAGGAUGCACGCAAAGACAGCCGCAUGAUCAAGGACGAGCGUAUCCGACAGGUUGCUGGGCGGUCAAUAUUCGACCCGACUGACGACGCAGACAAGCUAGGCUAG